GUGCUAAACAGCCGAACUUCAAAUGUUUAGCUGUAGUAUCUUUGUUAUGCAUCUUUAAUUUUUAUAGAACGCAUCACAAGCAUGUCAAAGUUAGAAAACGAAUCAAAAGGGAAAGUUCAAGACAUCGUAGACAUUGAUAUCUCACAAGAUGGUGAUUUGUGCAACGAAGAAGAGUUGAAUACGCUGUAUCAACAACCAUAUUUCUGUUCGGCUCGGAAAGCUGUUGGGCUUGAAAAAUUAUAUAUUCUUCAUAUAGACUGUGAAUGGCAAUCGAAGAAGCUUGCAGCAGCUUUGUCUAACAAUUCAGUUCACCUUACAUCUACUGAUACUUUGGACAAAAUUUCAACGUUUAUAGCUCAUGACCAAACCAUUGUUGAUGUUCAUUUUAACCCUGUUAUCCCUAAUUGUAUUCUUACUGGAUCCAGUGAUGGCAGUAUCAGAGUGUGGGAUAUAAGGAACCCUAAAAAAUGUUCACAAGAGUUUAGAGAUGACUCCGAUCAAAAGAUAAAACCAUUUCUGUCUUUUGACAUUAACUGCAACAGGACACUAUUAUGUGGAGGCACGGAAAAAGUGAAAACUGAUACCCAUUUGUUCUUGUGGGACAUAAGAUCUCCAAAAGUUUUGGCAGCUUAUUCAGAAUUCCAUGAAGAUGAUAUAUCUCAUGUCCAAUUUCACCCAACAUCACCAAACACAUUGGCAUCAUGUUCAACAGAUUGCCUGGUAAAUGUAUAUGAUUUAAAUGAAAAGGAUGAAGAUGAUGCCUUACAGUUUUGUUUGAAUACAGAAACAACAUGUGGGAGAUUACAGUGGGUUGGAUAUGACACAAAGACAAAACAAGAGAGCAUAGCAGUCACUACCAGUACAGAGAAUGUUCAGAUUUGGGAUGUUGAAGAAGCAUCUCCAAAACAUGUCUUUACUCGAGAAAAGAUAGCAGAUGCUCUCAGGAGAAAGAAAUCAGAGACAUGUUUCGCCAUUCGGUGUUUUCGAACGGGAGAAGGGCAAGAUCCUUUGUUGCUUGCAGGUUCAAAUACGCCAAACAGAGGAUGCUUAAGAAUGCUAAAAAUGAGUCAAGGCGCAUUGGAACCGUAUGCUAUACUGUUCGACGAGAAAGGCGGAAAUUCACAAACCAUUCGUGGCGCCGCCUUUAAUCCAGCUAGCGGCCAAGUAGUAUCAGGUGGCGAAGACGGGAUUAUUAACGUGUGGAUUCCGGGAGAAGAUAAGCCUCUGGCGGUCAACAAUACGAGUAAGGUUAAAACAGAAGUUUCGUCUAAGAAAUUUGGUGGUGCACAUGGUAGUAGAAAGCCAUACUCAAAGUGAAUGUUUCUAAUACAUGCUUUGCCACUUUGAAA